UAUGAGAAAUUGAUGGCUAGCUCCCAAUUUCUUCAGUCGGUUUCUAUCGAUAAGCUUUGUUGUUCUUGUUCAAGCUCAAGACCAAUCACAUCAGGCACGUAAUUAACAGUCUGGUUUGAGUUGACUCUUCGGAUAUUGAGUAUGUGUUCCGCAACUACCCCGUCGUUGUUGCCGGAAGACCUUACAGUGAAACCCAUUGUUCAAGCACUUCCAGCACAAAGCAGUAUACAUAUUAUUCCCUCAGAGCUACUACGCGACAUAUUGUCCCGCCUUGGAUUAAAAGCCAACAUACAUGCUUCUCUUGUCUGCAAGACAUGGUUUCAAGUAGCAGUUUCCGUCAGGAAGUUACAGCCUCGUCCUUGGCUUUUUUAUCAAAUGAAUGGAGAAGCAGACGGAGACUAUGUUCUGUUAGAUCGGUUAAGGUCUCAAGCAUACAAGGUUUAUUUUUCAGAUUUAAAGGACCAUGAAUUCUCUUGUUCUAAGGAUGGUUGGUUGCUUGUUUCAAAAAAAAAAUUCCCCUCGUACUUGGUGUUUUUAUUUAACCCGUUUACCCGGGAGCACAUCUACUUACCCAAGGCUGCACCGACAUUGCUUACUUUCUCAGAAGCUCCUACAUCAAGUAGUUGUUUGGUGAUCUCGCUCAACGAUAGAAGUAUCUGCUCAUCUAUUGAGAUUGCUACUUGGCGACCUGGCGAAACCCUAUGGACCACCCAUCGGUUUGAGAACUUGUUACCCGGUCGUAGAUGGAAGAGUUGUGUCUUCUCAAAUGGUGUGUUAUAUUGUCUCACUACUUUCAGCAACAUUGGGAUUUUCGACCCGUCUAGAGCAACCUGGAAUAUUCUUCCAGUGGAACCCUGUCCCGCCUUUUUUCAGGUAGAUUUGUGUAGGCGAGUGUUGAUGACGGAACAUGAAGGAGGCAUAUUUGUUAUGCUUACAAUCCGCAACAAGAACCCAUUGAUGUUUAAACUAAACCUUAAACGCAAUGCAUGGGAAGAGAAGAGAGAGCUUGGUGGCUUGACAGUAUUUGCAAGCCACCCUACCUCCCUUACAAGAGCUGGUCUCUCCGUGGAGGAGAGGAACAGAAUAUACCCAUCACAUAAUGGGCAUCUCGGUGUAUACUAUUCCCUUGGUGAUGGCAUAAUUAGCUCUCGUUUCCCUUCGAGCAACUAUUUGUCUAACCGCAUUGCUUGGGUUGAUCCUCCUCACAACAAUUUUAAUUUGUGA